UUUCCGAUUGCCAUCGUAUUUUCACUUCCCUCAGUUUUUCAGCUCCGGCCAGAUUUGCAACCCACAAAUUACCUGCACCGUUUUGAAAUCGGAAUCAAAUAAUUGCUUCGCCGGAAAGGGUCUGGGAUUACAAGUUUGGCAAGCUCUGAAGAGAACUAGGUUACAGAAAUGGGCAGCGAGGAGCCGAGAGACCCGUUGCAAGGGUUGGAUUGGAAAGCUGUUGGCAAUGAUAUGCAAAAGAACCCUGGUGAUAAACCGGUUAUAAAGAAGCGGCUUCCCAAGAGGAUUAGGCAGAUACCAGAGUGCUAUUUUCUCCCUCGAAGAUCCCGACUAUUUAACUUCACGUUUGUUAGCGCAUGUAUUGCUGGUGGAAUUGGUGCAGGGAUGCUGGUGGAGAUGUGGAUAAACAAGAAAGUUAGAGAAGAUGGAGGUGUCUUAUGGGAGUUUGACAAAUAAAGCCAGUGAUGUUUUGUGAAUGUAACAGCAUUAGAUUCCAAACUUCAGUAAAGAAGCAUUGGCUGCAGAAACUCUUCUGCAUUUGGUUUCUAAACUAGAAUUUGGCAUUGGAAUUUUGUAUCAGCAGAGACUUCUCUUUUGUUUCAGCUGUUGUUACAAUGAGUACAAGAAAUUGGCACAAAAUUUGUCUUGAUUGUUCUUCAUACACAUUGAAAAGAAUAAGAUCAGUGUUGCU